ACAAGAAAAGGAAAACAAACAGCGAAAGAAGAAAAAGGAGGAAUCCGGUGGGUCAGUGACCAGCGCCUUACAAGAUACGACUAAUUAACAGCAAAAUCUAGUACUCGGUGCGUUUGCUAUCUCAAUCGCUUCCCAAAGGCAUAGAGAUCCAAAUGCCUCACGCCCCACCAACCGCCAUUUCUUCUGCUUAAAGCUUUCCAUGGCCCAUUUUACUACUCAUCAUUGCUAGCUAAAAGCACAGGAUUAAUUACCGAGAUAAAAGGCAAUGGACGUGGGAAGAAGGAAGAGCGGUGUGGUUGCAGGCUCAGUGUGGGAGAGCAGAAUGAAGGUUGAUCAAGUUAAAGGCGGGGUUAAGGUCUUCAAUGGCGAUCAGGACAAUGCAGAAGAGACUAGUACUAAUGGGGUUACUGCCGCAACUCGCGCGAGGUUGAAGAGAGCUCCAGCUGGCGGCGGCGGUGCGGCGAGUUCUGGCAAGAGAAAGACCUGGAAAUCUGAGACCUUUGAAGGUUCGGAGAAGAGCCCGAUUCAGAUUUCGAAAGGGAAAACAGAGUCCGUGAAGAAUUCGGAUGAACAGUGCAAGGAGCUGAGCGUCUCUGUCGAUGGAAUCAGGAAGAGCCCAGCUCAGCUGAGGAGGCUUAGAUCUGAGGGAACCAAAGAGAUUGGUGUUUCUGCUGAGAAAAAUGAGAGAAGCCCAAUUGGGAUUAGGAAGCCGAGACGUGAAUUACUGAAAAGUUCUAGUGAUUUGGGUGAGGGAGCUGAGAGGAAUUCGAUUCAGCUGAGGAAGGUGAAAUCGGAGUCGAGCAGGGGAAUUGAUGACCCUUCAGGGAGUGCAAUUCAAUCGGAAAAGCCGAAAUCGGAGCCGAAUAAGGCCUCCGAUGAAUCUGAUAAGGAAAUGGAAUCGGUUGAAUCGGAGUCGAGCAGGGGAAUUGAUGACGCUUCAGGGAGUGCAAUUCAAUCGGAAAAGGCGAAAUUGGAGCCGAAUAAGGCCUCCGAUGAAAUUGAUAAGGAAAUCGAAUCGGUUGAUGUGUCUGUUAAGGAGAUUGAGGAGAACCCAGUUGAGAAUUCUGAGAUUGGAGACGAUGGAUCUGAUGAGAAUUGUAAGGAGUUCGGUGUGUGUGAAGAAAUGGUCGUGAAAUCGAGCGGUGGGAGCAAUGCCGGUGUGCUCAAAUCUGAUGAUGAUCGUAAAGCGAAAGAGGACAAUGACGGAGAUGACGGCGGAGAUGAAUCCGAGGAGGAGGUGGACGAGGAAAUUGAGGUUGAAAUCGAAAAGAAGAGUGUUGACAUCAAGGAAGUCAAUGCAGCACCAGAAGAGAAACCAACGGCCAAGAUUGUGAAAGAAGAAGCGAAGGUGGUGAAAGUCAAUGAGGUGAAGAAGCCGGCCGGUCCGGUCAGAACUGGGUCCGGUCCGGCGCUUCUCCAACUUGAGCGCAGAGAAGUGAAAAAGCUUCUUCAGAAGCCGCCGGAAUCCAUUUCCUUGAACUUGAAGAAAUCACCAGCUCCUGUUAUAAAACGGGCAACUGUUUUUCCAAAGGUCCCCAAAUAUAAUUACACUUCAUUUUCAGCUUCAAAAGAGCGCCACAGCAGCUUCCCAGAAACACACAGCAGAUUGCAAAGUCUAGUGGAUUUGAUAAUGUGGAAAGAUAUAUCAAGAUCAGUUUUUGUGUUUGGAAUUGGAACAUUUGUGAUACUAUCAUCCUCCUACACAAAGGAUAUUAACAUCAGCUUUAUUUCUGUAAUAUCCUAUCUUGGGCUUCUUUAUCUAGCUGCCAUCUUCCUCUUUAAGUCCAUUAUUUGCAGGGGAGUUUUAGAAGUAGAUAAUACAAAUUAUGUAGUGGGUGAGCAAGAAGCAAUUUGGCUGCUAAGACUGGUUCUGCCUUACUUGAAUGAGUUCCUGCUGAAGCUCAAAGCUUUGUUCUCUGGUGAUCCUGCCACCACAAUUAAGUUGGCAGUGCUGCUCUUUGUUUUGGCCAGGUGUGGCAGCUCCAUUACCAUUUGGACCAUGUGCAAAGUGGGCUUUUUCGGAGUUUUCACCCUACCCAAACUCUGCUCUUUGUAUUCUGCCCAGAUAACCGUCUACGCUAAAUUUUGGGUUCGGCGAUUUCGGGAUGCAUGGGAGUCAUGCACUCACAAGAAACCAUUGACCAUUGCCAUUUUUCUACUGGUUUGGAACCUCUCUUCUGUCGUCGCUCGAAUUUGGGCAGCGUUUAUAUUGCUCGUGGCCUUCCGGUACUAUCAGCAGAAACUGGUGGCGGAGGAGUGGGCGGAAGAAUCAGAUGAUGCCGCUGCAGGAGGAGGAGGAGGAGGAGGAGGAGCUCAGGAAACCUGGGAACAAGAAGGAGGACAAAGACAAGGGCAUGUGGAUAUUACCAAAGAAAAGAAAGGAUUCUAGACUCUAGGAUUAUACAUAUUAUAUACCGUAUGUUGUGCUCAAAUCAAGUUUUUUAAGUGUCUGUUUUAUUCUGGUUUACUGUAGAUAGCUAAAUAUCUUUGAUUAGGGACAUUGUUUAAUCCCAGCUUGUGACCAAUAAUUACUUCACUUAAUGUACUUUGUAGCUCUUACGAAUAUAUAAAGGAAAAUAAAUGAAAAGUUUGGUUUUCGUUGACUA